GUUGCAAGUUGCUAUUUGCCAAGUAAGAAUACGCAGAGCUGGCGAGUUCGAGAGUCAAAGCUCCAAACUCUCAAUCAUACGCCGAGAUUCUCUUCAAAUUCCGCCCAUCUCCGCCGCUUCCGAGGCUCUUCUCUGCAGGAUUUGAGGUAUUCCCCAUCCUCUGUAUCGAUUAUUUGCUAUUUUGGCUUUGAUUUUGAGAUAUGUCUCGAGAGAGGGAGAAAUCGGAUGAUUUGAGUGGGGAUAGAGCUAGGGAGAGUCCGGAUGGGAAGGGGAAGUUUCAGGAAAGAGGAAUUGAUUUCCUAGGGGAGAAUUCGUCGGAUUUAGUUAAGAAACUCGGUAGUGAAUCUGAGCAGGCAAGCUGCAGGGCGGCGAAUUUGGGUUCGCAGGAGCUUACACUUAGCUAUCUAUGCGAAAAUUCAAAAUUAGGGUUUCAGGAGAAGGAUCCGUCGGGUCAGAAUCUGUUGAACUCGUUGGAUAAAGUGAGUGGGCGGUACAAGGGGAAAGAGAUUGUGGUUUCCGAGGAUCAGAACGAGGAGGACAAUAAAGUAUGGGUAGAGAGGGAUUUUCUUCGAUUGAAUGAGAAUAGAGGCAAUUCGUCGAAAAGAGAGGCUGAGAAUGCCGAGGCUGAGGAAGAUAAUCGAGAGAAGAAGCCUAAGGUUGAGUCUCUGAACCUUUCCUUAGCUCUUCCCGACGUUUCCCUCUCCUUGGCAGGCUCUAAUCGUGUCCAGAUCAAUGGCGAUCUCCCCUCCAGGCUGAGGCCGAGCAGGAGCGUGCAGUCCCUUGGUCCUUCUUACAACAAUACAAUGACGACUUACUCGAAUGAUUUCACUGCAGCUUCACUUUCCUACUCGUAUUCGCAUCAAUUCUCUCACAAUCCGAGCUGUUCACUGACUCGAAAUUCAACUGAGAAUUAUGAGUACUCAGUUGGGAGCCAUAGGAGGGACUGUGAUCAUAUCUGGAACUGUGGAGAAGGAACUAAUGGCUCGGUUCAUAGCCGGUUUAGGCCGGUCGGGGAUGGUACUGUUGCAUUGGCUAAUCCCGGGGGUGUUGGAGGUUUAGCUAUGGGUAAUCGCGGUGGCUUGAAUAAGGAUUCGGGUAACAAUAGUUUGUAUAGGACUACAAGCUCGGAGAAUCUUUCAUUUUUCCCAUCUGAGUUACCUGCAAGGCCAAGAUUGGAUGCUCAGUCUGGAGAUUCAAGGAGAAGGAAUUUGGAAAAUGCGAGGGAGAUGGAAGAAAUCGAUGUGGCAAGACCGCACAAGAUUACUACGCCCGAAAGGAUAGUUAGGGAGGUUGUGCUGGAGUCAAUUCCCGUCAUGGCUCAGAUAAUUCAAGAGCUAACAGACGAGACAAUUCAAUCUGCGAAGGAGUAUCUGAAUGCCGUCAUUGCUAGCCCGGAAAGGAAAGAUGAAUUAUUGAGCUUGCAGAGGAGGCUUGAGAGGAGAUCUGAUCUAACCAACGAGACUCUGUCAAAGUGCCAAAAGAGUCAGCUUGAAAUCUUGGUCGCGGUUAAGAUGGGUCUCGGAAGCUUUUUGUCGAGCAAAAACAAGCUCCCGGCAUCCGAAUUGGUGGAUAUUUUCUUGCUGGAGAGGUGCCAAAACAUUAACUGUCGCAGGCUGCUACCGGUCGAUGAUUGUGACUGCAAGAUCUGCUCGACAAAGAAAGGAUUUUGUAGCGAAUGUAUGUGCCCGGUGUGUUUUAACUUCGAUUGCGCUUCGCACACUUGCAGUUGGGUCGGGUGCGAUGCGUGCUCGCACUGGUGUCACACUGCUUGCGGGCUUAAGAGAAAUCUUAUCAAACCGGGACCCUGCUUGAAAGGUUCUUCGGGAGCAACCGAAAUGCAGUUUCACUGCCUUGCUUGCGGCCAUGAUUCUGAAAUGUUCGGGUUUGUUAAGGCAGUGUUCACGACUUUUGCUAAAGACUGGAGUCUCGAGACCCUGGUCAAAGAGCUCGAUUGUGUCCGGAAGGUCUUUGCAGGAAGCGAAGAUCGUAAAGGGAAGGAGUUGUAUGCUAAAGCUAAUGAGAUGAUCGCCAAACUUCAGAACAAGAUGAUAACUCCUGCCGAAACGUGCAAUUCGAUAUUCCAAUUCUUCGACUCUUCGGAUGGAUUGUUCGAAAUGGGAUCUUCAAGCACGCCUUCAACAGGCUUGACAGAUCAAGUCGGCUUCAGACGAGAGGCUCCUGCUCUUCUGCUCUCCAAUUCUACUCCAAAACCGUCGUUCCACAACUUGAACUCAUCCACCGUACAACGGGACUCGACACUCUUCGAUCACAUCCAAAACCAACCCAAAGCACUACCGAUAACGAACGGCAAUGACAAGGUAAUCGAGGACGAAUGGUCAGUAAAACCUUCAAAGAAAGACGGCUUCGACAGCCUAGAAAGUCUUGUCAGAAUCAAGGAAGCAGAAGCCCGGAUGUUCCAAAGCCGAGCCGAUGAGGCAAGGAGAGAAAUCGACAACUUCAGGCGCAUGAUCCGUGUGCAAACCGACAAGCUGGAGGAGGAGUACUCCGAGAAGCUGGCGAAGCUAUGCUUGCAGGAGACCGAGGAAAGGCGACGGAAGAAACUUGAUGCGCUCAAGGCGUUGGAGAAUUCGCACUGCGAUUACUACAAGAUGAAAAUCAGGAUGCAGUCGGAGAUCUCGGGCCUGCUCAAGCGAAUGGAAGCGACCAAGCAACAGCUCGUGUAAGUUUCGGUGUUUUACUUUUUGUCCGCGUUUCUUAAAAAUAUAACCUGAUUGAAUUCGUGAUAUCUCUGCUUCCGUUCGACAUUUGCUUACGGCUUUAAAACAUUUACUGCCUUCGUUUUUACUUGCCCCGGGAUUAAUUGUGUUUAACUUCAGCUUCUGUGUAAUGAAAACGUAUACAUUCGCCAUUUUAUAUUUUUAUCGAUCUUUUAGCUA